CUCAUGUCACCGCCGUCCAGCCGGCAGACGGGACAGACCGGGAGAGGACAUGGAGGAGGCAGCAGCAGCCGCUUAGCGCAGCUCAUCAGCGGGGCAUGAAGAGGGGACCCGCAGCGGGCAACAGGAACCAGAGGAGGAACCAGCUUCUUCAACUUUUCCUCAACUUCAAGGCGGAGUUGCGACUCCAGUUGAGUGCGUAAAAGACGGGACCAUGCGUGCCAAAUACAAUUAUUUUCGUGCGUAACGGUGUUUUCAAUAGUUGGAACUGUUUGGACAAAGUUGAUAAAAAGUAUUUUCUGCUCUCUGCAGACGGAGACUGAACUGGUUUCAGUGAACAAUGCCUCGCCCGGGGAGGAACACGUACAGCGACCAGAAGCCUCCGUACUCCUACAUCUCCCUCACGGCCAUGGCCAUCCAGAGCUGCCCGGAGAAGAUGCUCCCUCUCAGUGACAUUUACAAGUUCAUCAUGGACCGGUUCCCGUACUACCGGGAGAACACGCAGCGGUGGCAGAACUCCCUGCGGCACAACCUCUCCUUCAACGACUGCUUCAUCAAGAUCCCUCGCAGACCGGACCAGCCCGGGAAGGGCAGUUUUUGGGCUCUGCAUCCGAGCUGCGGUGACAUGUUUGAGAACGGAAGUUUUCUGCGGCGCAGGAAGCGCUUUAAAGUGGGCGGCAUGUUGGUCACGGACCCGCUGGCUCCCAGCAAGCCGCAGGACACCACCCACUACCUGCAGCAGCAGGCCAAGCUGCGGCUCAGCGCGCUGCACGCUGCCGCGCACCUCCCGCAGAUGUCGGGCGGAUACAACCUGAGCUCCGUGACGCAGCCGUCCAGCUUCAAACACCCGUUCGCCAUCGAGAACAUCAUUGCCAGAGAGUACAAGAUCCCGGGCGGACUGGCGGCCUUCUCCACCAGCGGGUACCCGCUCCACAACCAACUGACCCCGGCCUGGCCGCACAUGUACGGCUCCGGGAUGAUGGACAGCGCAGCUCCAAUCUCCAUGGCCAGCGACUACUCGGCCUAUGGCAUGCCGCUCAAGUCCAUCUGUCACGGCGGACAGACUCUGCCCGCCUUCCCGGUGCCCAUCAAACCCACGCCCACCUCGAUGCCCACACACAUCCCGGCUUUCCUGGCGAACUCUCCCCAGUCUCUGAGCCCCACGUCCCCGCAGACAGCCACCGGACAGAGCAGCCCGGUGGCGCCCGGAGAGGCGCUGUCGUCCUCGGCCUCCACGGCGCUGCACUCCGCGGUGGCGGUGCACUGAGGGAGAUCUGAUUGACUCUUUAAAAGAGAAAUGACAAACAGCGUUUCAUCUCCGGGACAAACGUGAGGAUGUUCGUUAAUUAUUAGGAUAUUUUUCAUCCUUCACAGCCUCCAGCCUGAACAUGUGAAGAAACAGCAGGUUGACCUCUGACCUCCAGUAAACGUUUGAUUUGGUGGACUGGUUUCGGUCCACGUGACUCCCGGUUACCGGUCGUUUUCGUUUGGUGACAAAUUAUUCCGGAUCUUUUGUGUUUGCAGCCUUUUCUUCUCAAACUGAAAGAAAACUCUCAGAUUAAUGAUUCUUUGAGACAAAAGUUCAACCAAAAGGAAAUUCCUUCUUCUCCAAAAGUGUUCAGCAAUUAUUAAUAAAAGACAAAAAGAUAAAAGUCUGAAAGAAAAAUGAAAAUAUUCGGAAAACAAUGUCU